UGACAAAUAUAAGAUGCGAGUAUGUCACCCUUUAGUCCUUUACCCAUAUAAUAAGAUAAGAAAAUAGAAUAGUUGGUUGGUUUCAGAGAGGUAUCUAGUAAUUGACACAAGAAUAGGCAAGAAGAUAAAGAUGGCAAAGCCCCCAAUUGCUCUCUUAGAGAGCUUUGCUUCCAAUUCCAGAGCAACAAUUUCCAAAGACAUUCCUGAAGAACACUUGAACCAACUGCUGAGGUUUCUUGAAAGAGUGGGGGUCUCUGGCCAUGUCCCAGAUUAUUGCAAUACCGAAGACUUCUAUUCCGACCUCAUAGGUGGCAUCCUCAAGCCCCUGACAGUCCUACGAGGCCGCAUCACUUGCUUGGUCUCUGUAAAACCUGCUGUUACUAAUAAAUUUGGAGGAUUUCAUGGAGGAGCUGUUGCUGCUGUUGCUGAGGCUGUGUCGUUUGCUACUGCAAGAACGGUCGUGGCUGAGGAUAAGGAGCUUUUUCUAGGGGAACUAAGCAUCUCUUACCUCUCUUCUGCACCAAAGAAUUUUUCCUCAAUGGCAUUUCAAAACCGGACUUACUUGCAGGCAGAGGUGAUAAUUGAUGGAUCUGUAGUGCGGAGUGGGAGAAACUUAACUGUGGUAGCACAGGAGUUCAAGCUGAAGAAAACUGGGAACUUGAUGUACACUGCUCGUGCUACCUUAUAUCACAUGCCCGUCUCGAAAUUGUGAAUUUGGAGAUUGUAGUUGUUGGGGUUACCUUGGUUGUCAUAUUACUGAAACAAUGUCAUAAGAACCAUAUGAAGUGUUGAACAUCCGCUCACGGAAACAAGUUGAGACUAUUGAUAAUAACUAGUAGUAAUGAUAACCGAUUGGUCAUUGCCGGUGACCUCAAUUAGUGAGCAUUACGGUAACUAAAUUUGAGCAACCAGAUCUAGAGUAGUAAUGAGGGAACGCUAGCGAUACUAUAACAAGGUUUUUAUCCUCGAUGACAUCAAUGUCCAUUAACUUAGAACAAUAUACGAAACUUCAAAUUUCUGUUAUAAUUGAGUUCAUUGUUAAACACUGAAAGUCAUAGAUUUCCCCUCAUAUUUUGUAUUGGCACACAAGUUGAUUUUUGGAAUUUUAAUAAGAUUGACAC